UGAACGCAUGAGCAUAUGACGGCGCCAGUCCUUUGACCCCAUUUUAGACAUCGCAGGACUGUUUUAUACAGCUACUUGCUAAUGUUGAUCAAUUAGCUGUUGUUUUAACUUGUUGACCGGCCAGAGACACUAUCAUUGCUGGCUAGCUUUCCGACUCAUCUGCCCAGAUGGUCUUAUUUCGUUAGCUAGAUCUUGACAUUGUUCAAGUUGUGGUUGCUAAUUAGCUAGCAGCAGGGCCCAUUUUCGAUGCAGAUUGCUUGUUUCAGGACUUGCAUUUUCUCGUUGACACAAUAACCACAUAUACAAUUGAUUAUUCGCCGAGCCUAGGUACUGAGUUGAUUGUCCAUAGUGUCCUUCGCACAAAUGGAUGGCGAAGAGGACGAAUUCUUCUCCGGGAACCACUCUGAUGGUGGUGGCACCCCGGUACAGGACGAACAUGCUCCUGGUUCAGAUGCGGAAGAGGAGAUGAGGAAUGAGCCACGCCACUCUGAGGAUGAGAAUAAUGAUGGUGAGGGAGCUGCUCGGGCCAUGGAGACAAACAGCGUGGCCAGCGGGUCAGACAACAAGGGCCCCAAAGGGGCGGACAGUGACUCUGAUGGGGAGGCCCCUAGGCCUGCAGACAGGGAUAACAAGGAGGAGUCCCCGCCCAAACGCGGAGGCAGCACCUCUGACAUAGAGGAGUCCCCGCCCAAACGCGGAGGCAGCACCUCUGACAUAGAGGAGUCCCCGCCCAAACGCGGAGGCAGCGCCUCUGACAUAGAGGAGUCCCCGCCCAAACGCGGAGGCAGCGCCUCUGACAUAGAGGAGUCCCCGCCCAAACGCGGAGGCAGCGCCUCUGACAUAGAGGAGUCCCCGCCCAAACGCGGAGGCAGCGCCUCUGACAUAGAGGAGUCCCCGCCCAAACGCGGAGGCAGCGCCUCCGACAUAGAGGAUUCCCCGCCCAAACGCGGAGGCAGCACCUCCGACAUAGAGGAUUCCCCGCCUAAACGCGGAGGCAGCACCUCCGACAUAGAGGAUUCCCCGCCCAAACGCGGAGCCAUCACCUCCGACAUGGAGGAUUCCCCGCCCAAACGCAGAGGCAGCACCUCCGACAUGGAGGAUUCCCCGCCCAAACGCGGAGCCAUCACCUCCGACAUGGAGGAUUCCCCGCCCAAACGCGGAGCCAUCACCUCCGACAUGGAGGAUUCCCCGCCCAAACGCGGAGCCAUCACCUCCGACAUGGCGGAGUCCCCGCCCAAUCGCAGAGGCAGCACCUCCGACAUGGAGGAGUCCCCGCCCAAACGCAGAGGCAGCACCUCCGACAUGGAGGAGAAAGAAACCAAACGGGAUGCAGCCGGGAGCGACUCUGAGAACAAGAACCGGCCCCCAUCCCCUGCCCGGAGCAGACACUCGACUGCACGCAGUGACUCUGAGAUUGAGGCGCCCAAACACAAAGCGCAGAUAGAGUCUGAUGGAGAGGACGGCGGUGAGAAUAAAGGGAAGUGGAAGGCUGUAAUCCACUCCGACAGUGAGGAUGAGGUGGAGGCUCGGCCAGUGAAAGCAGCUGCAGGCAGUGACCAGGAGAAGGAGAGUCCCGCAAAACAGGUGGUGGAAGUUAGUGAGGAUGACGACGAGAUGCCAAUGAAGAGGAAGAAAGCCAUCCUGUCAGACAGUGAAGGUGAGGAGGAGAAGGCUGACGAACCAGUGGUGAAGAAGAGCCGCGCUGUGUCUGACGAUGACAGCUCCGCCAGUGACGCGGGCUCAGAGGCGCACGACAAAACCAUGGCCAAACUGCGGGAACUGGGCUCAGAAAGCGAAGACGAGGAUGAUGGACAGAAGGUGGAAGGAGGGAAGAAGGACGAGAAAACACUGUUUGGUAGCGACAGCGAUUCAGGCGACGAGGAAGAGAAAAUGAUUGCAGACAUUUUUGGUGACUCUGGCGAUGAAGAGGGGGAAGAGUUUACGGGUUUCAAUCAGGAGGAUCUGGAGGGGGAUAAGAGCCAAUCUCAGGCCUCUGCAAAGAAAACAAUGGCAGAUGACUCUGAUUCUGAUGAGGGCGUGGACAGGGGUGGUGGCCAAGACACCAGUUUCAUGUCGGACUUUGACGUGAUGCUGGCUCGUAAGAAGGCCCAGAGCGGGAAGCGACGGCGGAACCGCGAUGGGGGAACGUUCAUCAGUGAUGCUGACGACGUGGUCAGCGCUAUGAUCACCAAGAUGACAGAAGCUGCAGAGGAGGACAGAACACUGAACGCUCAGAAGAAGCCAGCGUUAAAAAAGCUGACCCUCCUCCCCACUGUUGUUAUGCACCUGAAAAAGCAAGACCUCAAGGAGACGUUCAUCGACAGCGGGGUGAUGUCGGCUAUCAAGGAGUGGAUCGGCCCGCUGCCAGAUAAGAGUCUUCCGGCCCUCAAAAUCAGAGAGGAUCUCCUCAAGAUUCUACAGGAACUCCCCAGUGUGAGUCAGGAGACUCUCAAACACAGCGGGAUAGGCCGAGCCGUCAUGUUCCUAUACAAACACCCCAAGGAGUCGCGCCCCAACAAGGACCUCGCCCUCAAACUCAUCAACGAGUGGUCCAGGCCCAUCUUUGGCCUGACGUCUAACUACAAGGGCAUGACACGCGAGGAGAGACAACAGAGAGACCUCGACCAGCAGAUGCCGCAAAAAAGACGCCUCAGCUCAGGGGGACAGACUCCUCAUAGAGACCUGGAGAAAGUGCUGACGGGAGAAGAGAAAGCUCUACGCCCAGGCGACCCUGGAUUCUGUGCCCGGGCCAGGGUGCCCAUGCCAUCCAACAAGGACUAUGUCGUGCGGCCCAAAUGGAACGUGGAGAGCGAAUCCAGAGCAGCCCCGGUUAAGAAGGGCAUGUCACGGGUGGACAAACAGUUGCGUCGCUUCGCCGACAUAAAGCGUAUGACAAAGACAGGCCACGCGGUGAAGAUCAGCGUCCAGGGCAACCGGAUGCCCCUCUGAUGACAUUUUUUUUUUAACCUUUUUUGGCUAGGUGAAAGCAUAGGUUUCAAUACAUAGCUUUUACCGAUCCAAUAAUAUCAGAGCUAUGAUUAUUCCAAGGAAGGAUGCAAUUAUUUAAAUCAUUUGAUUAGGGCAAGGAUCCCACUUCUGUGUACUUUAGCCAACUUCUCUAACUAGCAUGACAAUGGUCAAAGCAGUUUGCUAAAGCACAUAGAUGAGACCAUGCUAUCGUCAAACCCCCUCAGGCCAGCCUGAAUGUAUGAUAGCGGUGUAGCUUCACAGGCUGGUUGGCCUUCGGUCCUCACGCCUUUGAGAGAUUCAAUACGGAGUGUGGAAGAUUGGUGUUAUAGCACGAUGAAAGUUUUAAGGUCAUUUCCAAUUGUGCAGACAUGCAGCGUAUACCGAACGUUGGCCUUAAGUUUCUAUAGCGCGGAUCUUCCAUGCUCAGUUUUGAAUGUACGUUAGGCCUUUGUUUUACUUUGUUUCUGAAGAAGCUGUACAGACGUAGGAGCUGCCUGUAUGUCUUGACUGUGUGCCGGUUGUUUCCGAAGUUACUUUCAUAAUAAAGAGGGUUUCACCAGAUGUCUUUA